AUGGAGUCUUCCGAGACCUUCAUGAGACAUCCGCCCAUCACACCAGGCUACAGUGGUUUCGUGCCCUACCUUAGCUGCCAGCAAGCCACCAGCAAGGACAACAUGGCCCACUGUCUGAAGAUCUUCCAGGAGAGCACACAGCACUAUAAAAACCAGAUGGAGGAAUUUCGCUGCUCGGUGGCCACUGCCCGGAGGCUGAAGCCCGUCUGCUCCGAGGAGACCGUCCUGCGGGCGCUACAUCAGUACUAUCGGCAAUACCACCCCCUGAGUCUGGAAUGCAAAAACAUAAAGAAACCUUUCCAGGAGCCCCCGAUCCCUGGCUGGGCUGGCUACCUCCCAAGAGCCAGGGUCACCGAAUUGGGCUGUGCCACGCGAUAUGCUGUCAUGGCCAGAAACUGCUACAGGGACUUCCUGGGCAUCGUGGAGCAGGCCAAGAGGGCACACCUGAAGCCAUAUGAGGAAAUAUAUGGAGAUGGGUCCACACAACCUCCUCCUGCCCCUUCUCCAGAAGUUUUGCAGCAUGGAGGGCUGCUGCCCAAAUAUCCGGAUUUUUCUCUCCCAGGUGGGAGCUGUCUUGGCCACGGAAGACCGCUGACAGAGGACCCCAGACCUCCAGUGACGUGUGGCUGUGCCCAAAGGACAAAUACGUCGUGCAACGGGAAGAUUUAUCUCGAGCCACUGUCCUCAGCAAAGCCUGCAGAAAGCUGAUGCAGACAGCCUCCCAGGGAGAGGUGAACUUAAAGGGGGACUCAGAAGCUCACCAUUCUUGCAUGAGAACCAGCCCCUCACCCACACCCAACAGGCACUAGGGAAAUUUCAAAACCUAAGAAUCCUUUCGGUGGCCACCUGCACCCUGUCUGUUUGGCAAUAGCGUGUCAUCAAUGAUAAAGACCUUUCAUUGUGUGGGAAUAAAGAGGAUACUGCU